GCUCUGGUGUGAAACAAAAGAAGAAGAAAAAACUACUACUCCCUACACAUUUUUAAAUAUUUGUCUUUCUAGAUUUCAACAAGUGACUACAUACUGAGGGCUGCCACCAGCAACAUGAUGCUUGAGGACUCAGGAAUCAGUCGACGGCGGUGAAACCGCUCGCUUGAAGCGCUCCGUCGACCCCCGCCGUGCGCUACUCCGGCGCCGGCGUCCACCGCGCUUCCGCGCUCCCGCCUCGCGCCACUCCGGCCGUUGCGGCCACCACCACCUCCUCCCCCUCGCAGCGUGCGGCAGUGGCCAUGGGUUCUAGUCCCAGAUCUGUUUCUUCGUCGGUCAGGCUGGAGGACGAGCGCCCCGUCGUUUCUGGUCUCGGGUUGUCGGAGGGGUCGGGAGAUUCGGAGGCCCGCGACCUCCAAGCGGUGGACUCGGAGCUGCGUCCGGCUGCGGCGGCGGGGGCGGGAUGGGUGCGGCCGCCACCGACCAAGAAGGAGAUGUGGCGGAUGCGGCACGGUCUGGAUGCCCAGGCUGGUGCUUCUGGAGCUCGCGAUGGCAGGGCCUCGCCGCCGCAUCAGGAUGUGCUUCGUGGUGGCCGGACCUCGCCGCCGCGCCAGGAGGUAAUCCCGGAGAUGAAAGACAAGUGCUUCCGGUGCCUCGAGAAGGGCCACUUCAGGCGCGACUGCACCAACCUGGAGGUGUGCAUCAGAUGCGGGCUGCAGGGCCAUGGCUCCCGGGACUGCAAGAGGCCUAGGAGUCCUUCUUCGGCUGACGAGCUCCGGUGGGAGGCCAUCGCCAAGGUGGCCCGCAGGUCCUCCCCGCGUGUUAGCCCCGACCUCCCGCCCCCGCGGGCGCCGAUCCUGCCGCCGCCACCGCCCCCACCACUAACUCUGCGGCAGGCGGACGCCGGCCGGGCGUGGCCACAGCUCGCCCCUCCUCGGCUCCAGGUCACCUUUGACACGGAGGACGGGGCGGCCGGCCUUUGCGUGGUCCGGCGCUCGCAGUCCAUGGAGGAUCUGGAGCGUCGGCUACGAUUUGCCAUGGUGGCCUAUGUGGGCGGUGCUCGGCGCCGGUUGUCGCCGCAGCGGGUGCAUGAAAUCUUGGAAGGAAAGCUGGAUAUCUCGGCGGACCAAGCCUCAGUUCAUCCAUAUCGGCCGGAAGAUUUCUUAGUGGUGUUUGCUUCUGCAGAGAUAAGGAACAGAGUGGCGGCAUGCCCGUCGGUAGAGUUUCAAGGGGACCGGCUGUUAUUCAGGCCAUGGAAUCGGCAAUCGCAAGCGGUCCACUCGGUGAUGGGUUUCAAAGUUUGGUUAGUGCUCGAAGGCAUCCCGCCCCAUGCCUGGGAUCGGGCAACAGCAGAGGAGCUGCUGGGAUCCUCGUGUAAGGUGGAUGUUGUGGCGCCGGAGUCUACCUCGCGGGCGGAUUUGUCUUCCUUCAAGCUUUCUGCGUGGACGGCCGACCCGGAUGAGAUCCCUACGAUGCGUUGGCUAGCAGUUCCGGAGCCUGGUACUGAGGCUCCGCCGCCAUUGUUGCAGUACAAGGUUCUAAUCCAUGUCGAUGCGGUGGCGGACUUCAGGGACGCAGGAGAGCCGCUUUUCCUCGGUGGUUCGUCGGACAGUGGUCAGAGCGGUAUUCCAGACUCAGAUGAGGACUUCGGCGGUGAAUCAAGGCCGCGCAAGCUUGUGUGGACGUUUGGGGUCCGGGAUUCGCGGGGAGGUGGCCAGGGCAGCGGCGCCGCCGGCGUUGGGCAUGGAGGAUCGGUGCGGAGCCGUGUGGCGUCGGAUUGGCGUCUUCCGCCGAUGGACCCGGUUUCGGUCGUCAGCAGGAGUGGGCCAGGCAGGCAGGUGUGCGAGAGGCUAACCACUAGGCAAUCGGCUUUUGACCGGCUCAACGGCCAGCACGACCACUGUGCAGCUGAUAAAGGUUUGGUUCAAACCAAUUUGAAUGGCCAAGGCGCGGCUCAGUCGGGUCAGGUGACAGUUGUGAAGCGGGCCCUCAUGGCCUCCACGAUCGUGGCAAGUGCGUCGCAGCAAGCUGCGGGCCCAGAGAGGGUUCGAGAAGUGCGGCCUGGCAUGACUGGAUCACCAAUCGCAUCUCGUGCUGACACGACAGUGGUACCCGCGCGGGAUGGAUUGGCCAAUAAUGUAUCAAGUGCGUUGGUCCCAUCGUCUGUGCUAGCUGGACCUCAGGUGGUGGGAUCGGCUGCGCAGCGGAUAGCACCAGAUCCCGAGGCAGGAGGAGUGGUUGGAGUGGAGAAGAGCGCUUCUGCCGGCACUGGUGGGUCUAAUGGUGAACAGGAGAUGGAACCCCAGGCGGCGACAGGCCCGGAGCCCGAGGAGGGUGCAUUGGAUGCGUGCACCCUGCUGAUUGUGGGUGGACCACCUGAUGGGAAUCAUGCGGUGGAGCCCUGCAUGGAGGCAGCUGAGAUUUCGAUGGUGGCACCUGCACCGGAGGAAGAGACAGGCUAUUUGCCUCCAACGCUGGGGGCGACCGCGUACUCGUGCAUGCAGAUGAACCCCACUCAUGCUCGUGCGACACAAGUGCUAGGAUCAUUGGAGACCCCGGACGUGGGAGGCGACAGGCAAAUUGUGCAAGGAUCAUUGGAGGUUCCGGACGUGGGAGGCGACAUGCAAACAAUGCAAGGAUCUUUGGGGGCACCGGACGUGGAAGGCGACAUGCAAACAGUGCAAGGAUCAUUGGAGACCCCCGACGUGGUGGGAGGCGGCAUGCAAACUGUGCAAGGGCUAGAUGUGGUGGGAAUGAGGCCACAGGAGGUGGUUGCUUUUGACAAGCUAAAAUGGUUUUGCUCUAGCCUGGUCAAGAAGCUAGCACCACCACUUCUCAAGGAAGUGCAAGCGUCGGGCCUUCGGCCAGAGGCGGAGCCAUUUACACCGCGACGCACCACGCGCGCAACGAAGCGAGCGCCACAGAGCAAGCAAGGAAAGGCUACUCCAGCUGAGAACGCCCUUAUGCAUGCGCUCGGGCUGAUGCCCCAAGAUCUGGAGGUAGACGAGGCAAUAGUGGAUGAGUUGCAGCAGCUCUUUGACUCCCCUCUGCGUACUCAGCAUGUCAGGGUGAUCGCCGCGUUAUUUGGGAAGGAGUUGCCGACUGGGAGUGAGCUGCACAGCGAGGCGGGACUGUCGGUCGUCGCGCACUAAACGUGCAGCUGGUGCUGGAUGUUUGAUCCUGUUAUGGAUUUGAACCCGCAUAUUUUAUGCUGGAAUGUGAGGGGCCUUAAUUGCCCUGCCAAAAAGAAGGCAGUCCGGGAGUUUGUGACUUCGGUGCAAGUUAACCUAGUGUGUUUGCAAGAAACGAAACUAGAUGUAAUUGAUCCCUUCAUAACUAUGCAAUGUAUUGGACCGUCCCUUGACGGCUUUGCUUA